AGUAGACGCCUUAAUUGGCGGGAGUUACAAAAUAUUUACCGUAACAUUUACCGCUCAAAAAACUUGGGGGACGGGAAAUGGGAAAUGGGAAAAGAUGAUAAAGUGCGCAAAUGUUUGCACUUUCCCUUUAUGACUAUUUAGAGACGCCAAACACUUUUAGGUGUGAAAGUGCGAGGGGUGACGACACCCCAAAAUUAUUCGGUUUCACGGAUGGGGGCGAGUGUUGACGUCUUGAUAAGAACGUAUAGAAAAAUAUUUUCAUACAUAUGCGUAUAAUUUAUUUACACUUUAUUUCUUUUUUUUGUUGUCUGCUUCGGUUUUUUACAAUUUAUCUAUGAGCAAUCUUGGUCCAUACUGUCAGGCCACUCUCGAAAUUCCAAUAUUUGUAUGUGGUUUCAUUGGCAUUUUUACCCAGUAGCCCAUUCAAAAAACAUCCGUGAAUAUUUUCUACAACAAUUCCAAAAAAUCUUGUCCACGAGACUUAUUUAUAUUUGAAUGCUUCGAAGCUUAGGCUCCACACACAUAGUUUUAUAAUUGUUUUUUUAAGUUGUUAGUGGUUUUAAUUCUACUGACAAUGUGUUCCAAGACCAACGAACGUGCCACACGAAUCCACGAACCGGGAAAGGUUUGUCGGGAACUACUGUAUCUCAGGUCGAAGGUGCCGGUACGUGAAGUCCCUGCCUUUACCUAUCAAGCACUGCAGCCCAACACGGUAGUAAAGCCGCCUCCAAAGAUCGACAUAUUUAAAAGGAAGCCCGUGAAGGAGACGGUGUUCAAGAUCUACUUCAACCGCGGGGACAUUCCGUGCGUGAUGUCCGGCCGGAGUAGCAAACAGGAUCCGACCAAGGAGCGUCCGGUGAAGUGGCACUGUGUGCCGGAGAAUCUCGACUACUGCUACUACCUGCCCAUCUUCGUGGACGGACUGGCGGACAUGGACUACGACACGCGGUUGCUGGCCGUCAACGGAGCCAUCGAUCUCAUCAUGAGGUCCCCCAAAAAAGUGCUCCCGGUGUUGCCCAAGCUGAUCCUUCCACUGAAACGGGCCUUUCAGACCCGAGACAAGCGGAUUAUCAUCUCCGCCCUUCAAGUAAUACAGCUUAUGGUCCGAUUGGGUCCUUGUGUUGGUCAGGCCCUUGUGCCCUUCUACCGCCAAUUGCUGGCCGUUUGCAACCUUUACAAGAACAUCAAUGUGAAUCUGGGCGAGGGAAUCGAUCCCGAUCGCAACUGCCGCAUCGGUGACGUCAUCGAGGACACCCUAAAGUUGCUGGAGUAUUGCGGAGGUCCCAAUGCCUUCAUCAACAUCAAGUACAUGGUGCCCACCUACGAGAGCAGCGUCUUCCCCAAAUGCGAAGCUCCAGUGCCCAGAGAUUUAUGAGAUUUCCGCUUUCCAGUUCGCAAUUCUCCAAUUAACUGGUUCAGUUAACGAACAUUCGUGACAGAGUUAAAGCUACUAAAUUAAAGUUGUGAACCUUCAAUUCGAAGAUAAGUAAAAUCAAAAUUUUGCAUUAAUUUGUCUAGAUAAAAAGUUCUAAAAAUCUUGAAUUCAAAA